AUGGCUGAAUCAAGUAAGAGAGUGAGGAGUGCUAACUGGACAGAAAGAGAGAAAAUUUUGUUGAUGGAGAGCGUGCGCGAGAGAGAGGAAGUGUUGUUCGGGAAGUUUACCGGGAGUGGCGGACAAAUGGGUUUGUCAAAUAAAGCGAAGGACAAAGGAUGGGAGGAUGUGGCUGCAGCUGUUAAUGCGUACAUUAAGAAACAAUAUGACAACAUUAAACAGAGAGCUAAAGGUAAAUUAGAUGAACUGAAAAGGCCUAAGACAGGUGGUGGGCCAGUCCCCAAGGAGCAAUCAGUUUAUGAAAAAAUAUAG